CACAUGAACACAUACGACUCACACACACAAACACUGACGAGGGCUCAGUCCUGCUAUGGCCACAAACCCCAGCGAGGACAGCUCUCCGGCGCCGGCCUCCGUAGCACACCAGCAGCCCGACUCGGAAAGUAGCUUAGAACCCGGCUCAGCAGCAAAUGCAGAGCCCAGAGAGGAUAAAGAGGAUGAGGAAGAGGAGGAAGGGGGGAGAAGCUUCCCUCUGAGUCAGGAGAAUGCAAAAGGACAAAGUCUGGACCCGGAAUGGGUGGAGGAGAGGUUCAGGAUUGACAGGAAGAAGCUGGAGACCAUGCUGUACGCUCCAACACUUGGAGAUGGUGAGACAGGCGAGGAGUUCUUUGAAAGGGUGAUGAGAGAAACUAACACUCAGGUGAAAUGGCCAUCCAAGCUUAAAAUAGGAGCCAAGUCGAAGAAAGAUCCACACGUGAAGGUAGAGGGGAAGAAAGCCAAUGUUGUGGAAGCCAAAAAAAAGAUACUAGAAGUGCUGGAAACAAGGGUAAACAAGGUGACUCUAAAAAUGGACGUGGCUUACACGGAGCACUCCCAUGUGAUCGGGAAAGGUGGCGGGAACAUCAAAAAGGUGAUGGAGGUCACAUCCUGUCACAUCCAUUUCCCUGACUCCAACCGCCACAACGCUGCUGGAGAGAAAAGCAACCAGGUCUCCAUAGCGGGGCCAGUUGAGGGCGUGGAGGAGGCCAGGAAAAGGAUCAGAGACCUCCAGCCAUUGUCCUUGACCUUUGACCUGCCAGUCAGUCUGGUGCCCCAGGCUCUGCCAGAUGCAGGCUCUCCACUCAUCCAGCAGGUAGCGCAGACUCUGGGGGUCAGCGUGAGCUUCAGGGCCGUGACGCCUCAGCCUCCAGCACAGUCUUCAUUUUAUGGAAGCUGCUGCAGCGUCUGGGGGCUUCAGGGCAAUGCAGCUGCUGUCAAGAAGGCGACCUGCAUCCUGAUGGAGCUGCUGCUGGGACCGGAGGUCGCCGCUGCUAUUGUGACCAGUCAGCUGGACGUCACCUCUCAGCAGCACCUCUUCCUGUUGGGACAGAACGGUGCACACUUCCUGAGUGUGAUGCACCAGACCCAGACUCAGAUCAUCCUGCCGGACCUCAGUGCUCCUCAGAGCCCCCCCUCACUGCUGAUCCAGGGCAGCCCCGACGGAGUGUGCCUGGCUCGGCAGCAGCUCAUGGACUGCCUGCCUGUGUGUUUGAUGUUUGACAUGCGUGAAGAUGGAGAGGCAGAUUCCUGUAAACUGGCUCAGAUGAUGCAAAACCUGGGAGUCUUCAUUAGUGUCAAGCCCAAAGUGAAACAGACCAGCAAGUCAGUGGUGGUGAAGGGUCUGGAAAGAAACAUCUCCUGCCUUUAUGAGGCCCGCCGUCUGCUCCUGGGGCUGGAUCCUUGUGAGCUUACGCCGAUAAUGGAGCUGACCUCUGAACCCGUCCUACCUGGAGGUGGACUGACCAACUACUGGCUCAACAUGCUGCUACAGCAGCUCCGUCUCUCCGAGCAGGGCUCUUUGCCUGCAGCAGCUACAGAGAUCCUGGCUGCAGAUAUGAAGCCUCGACCUUUACCCCCCCCAGGCCUCAGCUCCCCCACCGAGGAGGGGAGGACGACCCUGAAGGGACCGGACUGCAGGCCACUGGAGAAGAUCCUUGAAAACGAUGACCAGUCCGGCCAGUCGGACAAUGACUGUGAGGCCGCGUCGCCGUCUGAGGUGUGUGAGGCGGUGAACUACGGCAUCGGCAGGGUGGGCAUGGGGAGCCGGAGGGGGAGUCUGCAAGGUCCUGAAAUCCCCAAAGUUCUCAGUCAGGGACGCCGCCAUUCAACAGGACAGGUGCUGACAUACAGAUUGCUGAAUGCAGAUGCUGAAGGAGGCCGGACUGAACGGAGGAGCAGUCUGAGGAAAGACAUUACUCUGGCUUCAAAUGCUUGUGCCAACGCUGAGGAUUAUGACUAUGAGAAGAAGAAACUGCUGGCAACCAGAGCCAUGCAGAGGAAGCCUGUGGUGACUGAGGUCCGGACACCGACAGACACUUGGAGUGGCCUUGGCUUCUCCAAAUCUAUGCCAGCAGAGGCCAUCAAAGAGCUCCGAAACAUCAGCCGUCGCAACUACAAACCCUACCUGAGCACCAGCAGUACCCAGCAACAGUCUUGGGCUGCUCAGAUGAUGAAGGUGGGUAAUGGGAGCGACUCGGAGAACUGGAGGGACCGGCGUGGAUCUGCGUCUUCAUCCCUGCCUGUCUCUUCCUCCUCGUCUUCGUCGUCCUCGUCCUCCCCGUCCUCGCCCCCCUCCACGUUCUCCGCGGCCAUCUCUUCCUUUCCAGCGUUUGCAUCCACAGUGAGCAGAAGCAGACACGACAAAAGCUCGGACAGCUUCAUGAGCAGCAACAGCUACUUUGAGGGUCUGUGCUCGUCAAGGAGGGCGUCGACCUGCAGCCAGAGGAGCCUCUCUCCCACGGCGAAUGACGACCUGCCUGAGCUGCUCAGCCGGCUCGGCCUCAUCAAAUAUAUUGACGUGUUUGAACAACAAGAGAUCGACUACCAGACAUUCCUCACCCUGUCCGAUGAGGAUCUGAAGGAAGUGGGUGUCUCCACUUUUGGAGCCAGACGCAAGAUGCUAAUAGCAAUCUCAGACCUUAACAAGGGCAAGAGGAGGCUCUCUGACACACCUGCUGUCAAGCCUGGCUAUCUGGAAGGUGGCGCCAGCGGCCGCCUUCCACGAAUCUUGGACGUGGAAGUCGCAGCUCAGAGUAACCGCUGGUGAGAGGAGUCACCAGGCGCUCGCUGAGCUCCGGCUGCCCAGUAUGGACAUGUUAAACACGUCGAAGAACAUGGCUGUGC